CUGUAAUAUCGUGCAGUACAAGUGUUUGGACUCCGAGGGACGCUGUUGACCAGAGAUUCCCCCCAACAUUGAUCUGCUAUCCCAGCACACAAAGAUCCACAUCCACAUCCACAUCACAUCAAGAGAGCGAGGACGGAAAGCGGACAUAUUCGCUCUUGCAGUCUUUUGGGCUGUUUUUUUUUUUUGUUUUGUUCUUCGUCUCAAGCAAAACGGAGAUCUUUUUCUUUUUUGAUUCACGAUUUGGAGUCGAGGCAUCCCAACGCGCUUUGUCUCUAAUUUGGAGCAUCGCACGUCGAGUGGGACAAUGAAGCGGUACGUGCUAUUGUUCGUCUGGGCGUAUUUUGUCGGCUCGGUGCUCGGGCAGGUGACUUAUUCCAUUCCCGAGGAAAUGAGCAAAGGCUCUCUGGUUGGAAACGUCGCGCAGGAUUUAGGCGUGGGUGUGAAAAGGCUGCAAUCUGGGAAAGCUCGCAUCUACACGGAGGGCAAUGCAGACUUCGUGGAGCUGCACACGGACAGCGGAGCGCUCGUGGUUCGAGAGCGGAUCGACAGGGAGGCGCUGUGCGGACAAACCGCGCCGUGCGCGUUACAUCUGCAGAUCACGCUGGAAGAUCCGAUCGAAUUCUACACGGUGACCGUCGAAAUCCACGACAUGAACGACAAUGCGCCCACUUUCAAAAAGGGGGAGAUGACGUUCAAGAUCAGCGAGUCGGCUGUGAUUGGAGCAAAAUUCGUGCUGGAAAGAGCUGCGGAUUUCGACGUCGGGGUGAACGGAUUGCAGGGCUACUCGUUAAAGCCGACGGAUCAUUUUCACCUCAAAUUACAAAAUCAGCAGGAUGGCAGCAAGGGUGUGGAGAUGGUUCUGCGGAAAACGCUCGAUAGGGAGGCAAAAGAACAUCACGCUUUAAUUCUCACUGCGGCCGAUGGCGGUGAUCCACAGCUGACGGGAACAAUGCGUGUCGAAAUUGACGUGCUCGACGCAAACGACAACCCGCCUGUGUUCACGCAGGAGGUUUACAGGGUCACUGUGAUGGAGACUGCGCCAAAAGGCAUCUCCAUAAGCGCCGUGAGUGCUGUGGAUGCAGAUGAAGGCUCAAAUGGGAAAGUGACUUAUUCGAUAGCUAACACAGUGGAUGACGUCCCUGUUAUUUUUCAAAUUGAUCGAGAAAAUGGCCUGGUGUCUUUAAUUGGAAGCCUCGAUUACGAGAAGGUGCAUCACUACGAAAUAUUUGUACAAGCUAGUGACGAUGGAGGGCUGACAGAUUCAUGUAGGAUUAUUGUGGAAGUAACUGACACAAAUGAUAACGCCCCAGUUAUAAAUGUCAUGUCAAAAACCAGCUCGAUUUCAGAGAAUUCCACACCAGGGACUGUGGUCACAAUAUUGAACGUGCAAGAUCCUGACUCUGCAGAAAAUGGCCAUGUUGCGUGUUUUAUAGACGAAAACUUGCCCUUUCUGAUGAAGAGUACAUCGAAAAAGUUUUUUAGUUUAGUGACAGACGGGGACUUGGACCGAGAGCGCUCAGCUGAGUACAACAUCAGCGUGACGUGCUGUGACGAGGGCGUGGCCUCCCUCUCCAGCAGCGUCACUCUCACCCUGCGCAUCUCGGACGUCAACGACAAUGCGCCCGUCUUCCAGAGGAGCUCGUACGAGGCCUCCGUCGUGGAAAACAACACGCCGGGUCUCUCCAUAGUCACGCUGAGAGCCAGAGACGCGGACUGGGGCCAGAACGCUCGCGUUUCCUACAUCCUGGAGGACUCCUCCGUUAACGGAGCGCCGGCCUCCUCGUUUGUGUCCGUGAACGCCCAAAGCGGCGUCGUCAGCGCCGUGCGCUCCUUCGACUACGAGCGGAUGAAGCGGCUGGACUUUGCGGUGCGAGCGCAGGACGGAGGCUCCCCUCCUCUCUGUAGCAACGUGAGCGUGGGCGUCCUGAUCCGGGACCAGAACGACAACGCCCCUCAGGUCCUGUACCCGGUCCAGCCGCACGCCGAAAUGGUGCCUCGUUCGGCAGACGCGGGCUAUCUGGUGACUAAAGUGGUGGCCGUGGAUGUGGACUCUGGACAGAACGCCUGGCUCUCCUAUAAAGUGCAGCACAAAUUUGGGGGCGCAGACAGGGGGGCGCUGUUUGAAGUGGGCCUCCACAAUGGAGAAAUGCGAACUGUCCGCCAAGUGACUGAUAAAGAUGCUGUCAAACAAAGACUGACUGUCGUAGUGGAGGACAACGGGCAGCCCUCUCGUUCGGCUACGGUCGCGGUGAACGUGGCGCUGGCGGACGGCUUCCCCGAAGUGCUGAGGUCGGAGUUCGCCGACGACUUUAGCGAGGACUACGACGACCGGCUGACUUUUUACUUAGUCUCGGCUUUGGCCGCGGUCUCCUUCCUCUUCGUCGCCUGCUUGCUGCUUAUCGUGUCGCUCAAAGUGUACAGGUGGAGACGGUCUCGCGUCCUGUACCGCUCCGACCUCCCCGUCAUUCCGUAUUAUCCGCCGCGCUACUGCGACACGUUGGGGACGGCGGGGACGCUCCCGCACGUCUACAGUUACGAGGCCGCCAAGAGUCACGUGACGAACACGCAAGCCGUGAGUCAAAGUUUAGUGAGUGUGGACGGAGCGGACGCUGACGUGCCGCACGGCGGCGAGCAGACGUCGGGGAACUGCUCUCGGAUGUCGACUUUGGUGAGUCAGAUGUUUCACCUUUUUUCCGCGUAUAUGUAA